CUCCAGCGCAGACGGAGCCAUAUGAGGUGAACCUGCUCCACUGGCGGCCACAGUAGAUCCAUGGUGGUCAGCCGACGGUGGUAUAUUGUUUUACGAUGAUAUUAGGUAGCUUGCUGGCUAACUAGUUUGUUACCACAGAGUUUACAAGAUUUAUCUAGCUAGCUAGUUGUCUAGCUAGGCCGAUGUUGCAGGCGGAGGAGGGAGUGAAUUUAUUGUUUUCCAUCAUGACAAAGUCGUUCCGUUAUUUUUAGCUAGCACUGCAGCUAAUAGCGGCGAGCAAAGCGUGACUAACCGGCCUGUUGUGUGACAAAACAAUAGAGAUGGAACCGUGGCAGGACGCGGCCUCCCAGCAGGUCAAGCUGCUUACAGCUCGUCUGAAUGAGCUGUUGUCUAAAGGCCUGGGGCUACUGCGCUCCGAACUCGGCGUGGAUUUGGGACUGAAGCCGGAGCUCAUUCCGCCAUGGGUGAUCCUCUUAGCGGCAUGUACUGGACUGGUGCUGAUGUUCGCCCUGUGGGCCUCCGCCUGCCGGGCUCUCUUCAAGAAAUCACCUGCCGUGAACCCCGUGGAUGACGGCGUAGAAAUAAAGCGAAGUGCCAGUAAACCUGUCAAAUCAGAGGAGCCGAAGAAAAAGAAGAAGAAGGCAGAAAAGAAAUCCCAGCCUAAUGGGAGAGCAGUUGCCGAACCACAGGAAGACGCCAUAGUGUCGGAAGAGAUAGUGGUGCCACAUCACCAGCCGCCCCCACCAGAAGCCAAGGCUGACAAGGCUUCAGAGGUAAAGAAGUCCAAGAAGAAGGCCAAACAGACUGUAAAGGAGACAAAGACAGUGACUGCAGAUGGCAAAGAACCAGAAGAAGGCACAUGGGAGACCAAGGUCAGCAACAAGGAGAAGCGUGAGCAACGCAAGAAGGACAAGAGUUCCAGUGAUGGCUCUGCCAGUCCGGGAGGAGGGAACACACCUGUGAGCGCUCCCCCAGAGCAGCCCAAGGCCUCUGCAGCCCCCCCACCUGCCAGCCAGAAGAAGAAAAAAGGAGAAUCCACUAAAGCGAAGGCAGAGAAGGUUGAGGCUGUUGUAGCUCAAGUUAACAGCAGCGAAGCGGCACCAGUGGCCGCUGGUGUGACUGACAUGGCGGUUAAGGUUCCUUCUCUCACUGCCGCUCCAAAGACGGGCCCCUGGACCACCAGUAGAGAACCAGCGUCACUGUGGAGGGCGGAGAUCGAUGAGUCGUGGACCGUGAUUGACAGGGGGAUGCAGACAACAGAUCUGAAUCUGGUGUCCUUCACCAAACUGGGAGUCGAGCCCAAGCCUGUGGGUGACCUGCCCUGGCUCAAUCAGCCCAGAGUGGAUGAUGAGUGGUCUGGACUCAACGGUGGUUCAGUCGACCCCAGCUCUGACUGGAACGCCCCCUCUGAAGCCUGGGGCAACUAUGAAGAGCCCACCCCGGUGCCCGCUCACGCUCAGGAGCAGCCUCUCCCUGAGCCCGCUAAGGUUAAUCUGCUGAGUGCCGCUGCUGACGAUGAUGAGGAUGAGAAGGACAAGGGAGAGCCUGCCGCUGAUGGAGCAGCUAAAACUAAAAAGAAGAAAAAGAAGAAGAAGAAGGCUGCUGAGGAGGGAGGAGCAGGACAGGGCGAGGUGCCAGAGAAGGAGGCGGCACCUGCAGCCCCGGUGAAGAAGCAGCCAGCACCUGUUCAGGAGAACACUGCUGCCGUCCAGCCUGUCAAAGCAGCUGCUGUUGAGGCGCGAGUGGAGCGACCAGUGAAGGACAACAUAUCCCAGAAACCCCCUGUCACACAAGUGCCACAGAAGCCAACCGAUGGAGAGCCCACUGCCAAGCAGAACAACCUUCCUGCUCCAACACAACAAAAAAAACCUGAGGAGAGCCAAGCGCCCAAGCCAGCAAAGAAGAAGAAGGCAAGGAGAGAGACAUGAGACCGAGUCCACUCUGCAGACCUCUGUAUGCAAAAGACUUCAUAUCCUGUUUAUGCAACACCUUUUAUGAGAAGAACUUUGAGCUAAGGUCUACAUGAUGGACUUACCUUAAAACUUGUCUGGAAAAUGAAACCAACUUUUAAGCAGGUCGAGUGUCAGCCGGUGGAUCAUUGAAAACUGAACCUAGAUGCAGUGCAAUCUAAUGCGGUGUUAAUGAUUUUUCAGUAUGCAUUUGAUACUCUGAUUCUGUCUUCUAAUUCCACUGAAUCAAAUAACUGAUUGAAGGAGCAUUAUUGUAGUAAUUAGAAACGUAGAAAAUACUGAUCAUGUUUAGAAAUUUGAUGUUGUGGUGGCUAACGACUGGAGUUUACUGUGUAGAGAAUGAAAACGGUCAACAUGCAUCAGGUCACCCCAACACUGGGCCGUGAUGUUGACCUGGCCUUUGCUUUGCAGUCUUUUAUUUUGCUCUUAACAUUUGUGGGCCAUGAUGGUACAGUGAGCGCCGCUGCGAGAAAAGAGCGGACAGAUCAAAUGUUUAUUUCAACAGCAGCCUCAAUGUCAGCGGUUACGGCUCAACAGGGUGUAAACAUUUGUGACCUAAAGGAGACAUGAGCAUCGUAGGAUGCAGAAAAGGGAAUCAUGUCUGCUCUGUAUUUUUUUUUUUUUUUUUGUUGCAUUAUUACGUGUGACGACGAAACAUUUCAGCUGAUUCACUCCAUCUGGUUUGUCCCAUGUCUGAUGUUGUGCUGCGGUGUGUCGAGACAACUGUUUCCUUGCUGUUUUUACUAUCUGUGACUGCUUUGUGGCCGGAGCAUUGUGGGAGCCUCUGAUCAUAGAUGUACCAUUGCAGUGUCAUCAACCUCUUCAUGAUUUUCCACCUGUGGUUGAUUCAAAAGUCUUCAGAACCUUUUGUAAAACCUGUUUGUAAUAAAAGAAAAGUUAAAGCCAUAUGUAAAAAGACUAAAUAAAGGCCAGUUUUUCUAUA